AUCCACCCAUACACAUUUAAAACUGGGUACUGCAUCAGUUCAUCUGUCAGUUGCUUGCCAUCCUCUUCAGCUCUCCCAGCUGCUCGUGAUUUGUCAUAAUUUCUUCAUAGGUGUGACAAAAAGAAACCAUCAAAAUGUCUGAGAAAAAGAUGGCAUCGAGUCGCAAGUCUCAUCUGAAGAGCGUGAUGCUCUCGAUUGCGAAAAACCUGCUGGAGAAAGAAGCAGUGGAUAUGAAAAAGGCAAAGGAAACGUAUAUGGCAGAAAACUGCCCUGCUCCAAAUAUGUCUGGGGGUAUUGCUGAGCUGCAGGAAAUGAUUAAAAAGUUGGCAUUAACCAUCGACAAAAUAGAUGAGGAACGAUAUGACGCAGAAGCAAAAGUGGCAAAGACUAACAAAGAGAUUGAGGACCUGAAGAUUAAAGUGGUUGAUCUCCAAGGCAUUAAGAAACCAGCUCUGAAGAAAGUGCGUUUGUCUGCUGAUGCUAUGUUGUCAGCUCUGCUGGGAACCAAGCACAAGGCUACCAUAGACUUUAAAGCCAACUUGAAACAAGUGAAGAAGGAGGUCAAAGAGGAGGAGGAAGUGGCUGACUGGCGUAAGAACAUUGAUAACCAGGCUGGCAUGGAUGGCAGGAAAAAGAAGUUUGAAUCUGUAUAAAUGACUGACACAUUUUAUAUCUUAUUUUUAGGUCAUUUUUUGGACGAUUACAGUCAUUUAAAAAAAUGAAUUUAACUUGAAAUAAUGUAUUUAUUUAUUUGUGUUAAAAAUUAGUAAAGUUAUUUUACGUUGUACUUUAAUUUAGUUUCAUUUAGAUUUGGAUGUUAAAAACCCAAAGUUAAGAUUUCAGGAAAAGCCAUGUAUUCUUACAGCAUCUGAUAAAUACUAACUGUAAACUGCCAUUGAAUUGUAACCUAUUUUCAAAAUGUAUACUGUAGGCUACAAUAUUAAAAUAAAUGUUAGCAAUAUGCUUGAUUCUA